AAAUCAGGAAGAAAGUUUGACUAUUCAAGUGCCAAUUUGAUAGGCGUUCUCUUUCCUGCAAAAGAGAAACGGGAGAAGGAGCGAAAGUUUCUCUCCCUCUCUCUGGCUGUGUCUCUGUGCGUCAAACCCUAGCCCCAGCCCUGAUCCCUAUGGAUGAGGGCUUGGUAUCAACAAUAACAGCGUUUGAUGUUCUUAUCAGACAUAACUUAUAAUUCUGCAUCCAUGAGAAACAAUGGGAUUCUCCCUCGUCUAGGUAUACUGCAUUUCUUGCCAGAAAUGCUUCGUUGAUGUAGGCUUCAUGCAUUUUUUCUGUUGCUGUUGUCGCUGGGGUUGAAGGGAUUUGAAAUUUCUGCUACACGUUGCUUCAAAAUGGGGCGCCCGAAGAUGCAGACAGAAAUUAAUGCAAUUGCCGAAGAACCAGAGGAUAAUGAAUGUUCAUCAAAAAGAGCAGCCUUGGCCUGCAUGGUAAAUUCAGAGGUGGGUGCUGUUUUGGCUGUCAUGAGGAGAAAUGUACGAUGGGGCGGUCGUUAUAUGACUGGUGAUGAUCAAUCAGAGCAUGCUCUUGUUUAUUCACUAAAGGCACUUCGGAAGCAGAUCUUUUCAUGGCAACAGCAGUGGCAGACGAUUAAUCCAACCACGUACCUUAAGCCAUUUUUAGAUGUGAUUCGAUCAGAUGAGACUGGUGCACCAAUCACAGGGGUGGCCUUAUCUUCCGUAUACAAGAUUUUGACUUUGGAGAUUUUUGAUCUAAGUACCGUAAACGUGGAAGAAGCAAUGCAUAUGGUAGUGGACGCUGUGACCAGCUGCCGGUUUGAGGUGACUGACCCAGCAUCUGAAGAAGUCGUGUUGAUGAAGAUUCUCCAAGUUCUUCUUGCCUGCAUGAAAAGUAAAGCAUCAGUUAUGUUGCACAAUCAACAUGUCUGCACUAUAGUGAACACGUGUUUCCGUGUGGUCCAUCAAGCUGGCACAAAGGGUGAGUUGCUUCAGAGGAUAGCCCGCCACACCAUGCACGAGCUUGUCAGGUGUAUAUUUUCUCAUUUACCGGAUAUUGGGCACUUGGAGUCUACCUUGGCUAGUAAAGAGGGAUCUCGUCACAAUCCAGAUGCUCUUGUGGAUGGGCAUGAAAAGGACUACAGCUUUGGGAAUAAGUCCCGUGAUAAUGGGAAUGGGAACCUUGAACCUGAUGUCCCACUUGUUUCUAUGUCUUUCCCUUCAAAUGCUUCAGUGGUUCCAGCAUCCAGUCUGGUAGAUGAUAACUCUAUGGAGAUUGCCAAUAACUUGGAGUCACCAAAUGAUAUGCAUCUUAUGAAUGAACCCUAUGGGAUUCCCUGCAUGGUUGAGAUAUUUCAUUUCAUGUGUUCACUUUUGAAUAUAGGUGAGCAUGUUGGCGUGGGGCCACAGUCAAACCCAAUAGCAUUUGAUGAAGAUGUCCCACUUUUUGCUCUGGGCUUAAUCAAUUCUGCUAUAGAAUUGGGAGGGUUGUCUAUACGUCAGCACCCAAAACUGUUGGCAUUGGUGCAGGAUGAGCUUUUUCGGAACUUGAUGCAGUUUGGUUUGUCAAUGAGUCCACUAAUUUUGUCAAUGGUCUGCAGCAUUGUGCUGAACUUGUACCUACAUUUGAGGGAGGAACUGAAGCUUCAGCUUGAAGCUUUCUUUUCAUGUGUUGUACUGAGACUCACACAGAGCAGAUAUGGAGCUACAUUCCAGCAGCAGGAAGUCAUAAUGGAAGCUCUUGUUGACUUCUGCAGGCAGCCGAAUUUCAUGGCAGAGAUGUACGCAAACCUUGAUUGUGACAUAACGUGCAGUAAUGUGUUUGAAGAUCUUGCUAACUUGCUAUCAAAGAGUGCAUUUCCUGUCAACUGUCCGCUUUCUGCCAUGCAUGUCCUUGCCUUGGAAGGGUUAAUUGCUGUCAUUCAGGGCAUGGCUGAAAGGAUUAGCUCUGCAUCUCCUGCUUUGGGCCACGGCCCAGUGAGUGACCUGGAAGAGUACACAGCAUUUUGGACUGUUAAGUGUGAAAGCUAUAAUGAUCCUAAUUAUUGGGUCAAAUUUGUGCGCCGCAGAAAAUAUAUCAAGAGGAAGCUGAUGAUUGGAGCAAACCAUUUUAACAGGGAUCCUAAGAAAGGGCUAGAGUUCCUCCAAGGGACACAUUUAUUGCCCGAUAAGCUUGAUCCUCAAAGCGUGGCUUGCUUUUUCAGGUACACAGCUGGAUUGGAUAAGAGUCUUGUUGGCGACUUUUUGGGAAAUCACGAUGAUUUCUGUGUACAGGUGCUGCAUGAAUUUGCUCGGACUUUUGAUUUCCAGGAAAUGAACUUGGAUACUGCUCUAAGGCUGUUUUUGGAAACUUUCAGAUUGCCAGGAGAAUCACAGAAGAUACAGAGGGUGCUUGAGGCAUUCUCCGAAAGAUAUUAUGAGCAAUCACCCUAUGUUCUUGCAGACAAAGAUGCUGCUCUAGUCUUGUCAUAUUCUAUCAUAAUGCUUAAUACAGAUCAACACAAUGUUCAGGUGAAGAAGAAAAUGACAGAAGAGGAUUUUAUACGAAACAAUCGAACUAUUAAUGGUGGUAGAGACCUUCCUAGAGAGUUUCUCUCUGAUCUGUAUCAUUCGAUCUGCAAAAAUGAAAUUCGUACAACUCCAGAACAAGGAGCUGGCUUUCCGGAGAUGACUCCUAGUCGUUGGAUUGAUCUCAUGAGGAAAUCGAAGACGACUGCCCCCUAUAUCACCUGUGACUCGAGAGCAUUUCUUGAUCAUGAUAUGUUUGCAAUCAUGUCUGGCCCUACCAUUGCAGCCAUUUCAGUUGUGUUUGAACAUGCACAACAUGAAGAGGUCUUCCACAUGUGUGUUGAAGGCUUUUUGGCAGUAGCAAAGAUCUCUGCGUGCCACCAUCUUGAAGAUGUAUUGGAUGAUUUGGUUGUUUCUCUUUGCAAAUCCACAACACUUUUAAAUCCUCUGUCAUCUGAGGAACCAGUUAUUGCAUUUGGUGAUGAUACUAAAGCAAGGAUGGCAACUGUUACUGUCUUCACUAUCGCUAAUCGAUUUGGUGAUUACAUACGCAGUGGUUGGAGAAACAUCCUUGAUUGCAUCUUGAGAUUGCACAAGCUUGGGCUUUUGCCUGCUCGAGUUGCCAGUGAUGCAGCAGAUGAUUCAGAGGUGUCUACAGAUUCUAGCCAUGGGAAACCUGCCCCUGGUGCUGUAUCAGUGUCCCAUAUGACACCAAUGGGUACGCCUCGAAGAUCUGCAGGUUUGAUGGGUAGAUUUAGUCAAUUGUUGUCACUUGACACAGAAGAACCCAGGUCACAACCUACUGAACAGCAGCUUGCUGCUCAUCAACGCACUCUUCAGACAAUCCAGACAUGUCAUAUUGAUAGCAUUUUUACUGAAAGUAAAUUCUUGCAAGCAGAUUCACUCUUGCAGCUUGCUAGGGCCCUUAUAUGGGCAGCUGGUAGGCCUCAGAAAGGGAAUCCAUCACCUGAGGAUGAAGACACUGCAGUAUUUUGCUUGGAGUUGCUGAUUGCCAUCACAUUGAACAACCGCGACCGAAUUGUUCUUCUUUGGCAAGGUGUUUAUGAACAUAUAGCCAGUAUUGUACAGUCAACAGUGAUGCCUUGUGCUCUUGUUGAGAAGGCUGUUUUUGGACUCCUGCGUAUCUGCCAAAGGCUGCUUCCGUAUAAGGAAAACUUGGCCGACGAACUCUUAAGGUCCCUACAGCUCAUAUUAAAGCUUGACGCUCGUGUAGCUGAUGCUUACUGUGAGCACAUCACCCAGGAAGUUAUGCGUCUUGUGAAAGCUAAUGCUGCACAUAUUCGGUCUCAACCUGGCUGGCGAACCAUCUGUUCACUGUUGUCUAUCACAGCUCGACAUCCUGAAGCAUCUGAAGCUGGGUUUGAGGCGCUUACAUUUAUCAUGGUCGAGGGUGCACACCUCUCACCAACAAAUUAUGUGCUUUGCUUGGAUGCAUCGAGGCAGUUUGCUGAGUCCCGUCUUGGUUUAACAGACAGAUCUCUUAGGGCGCUGGAUCUGAUGGCUGAAUCACUCCCUUGCCUUGCAAAAUGGCAUUCAGUGGCCAAAGAAGGAGGAGAUGACUCCUCUAAGGUAUCACAGGAUAUUGUGGAGAUGUGGCUGAAGUUGGUGCAAGGUUUGAGGAGAGUGUGUCUUGAACAGAGGGAGGAGGUGAGGAACCAUGCUUUAUCUUUGCUUCAGCGAUGCUUGACGACGGCGGAUGGGAUUGGGGUCACUCCAACUGCAUGGUUGCACUGCUUUGAUCAUAUCGUGUUUACUUUGAUUGAUGACCUGCUUGAGAUUGCACAGGGGCAUUCUCCUAAAGACUACAAAAAUAUGGAAGGUUCUAUGGUUCUAGCACUGAAACUGUUAUCCAAGGUUUUUCUUCAAUUGCUGGUUGAUCUGUCUUCAUUGCCUAGCUUUUGUAAGAUGUGGCUUGGUAUCCUUACACGGAUGGAUAAGUAUGGAAAGGCUAAAAUUAGAGGAAAGAGAUGUGAUAAGCUUCAGGAGCAGGUGCCUGAAAUUCUAAAAAAUAUACUUCUUGUGAUGAAAAACCGAGGAGUUCUUGUUCAGAGAAGUGCUUUAGGUGGUGACAGCCUAUGGGAGUUGACAUGGAUGCAUGUGAAUGCAUUUGCCCCUUUCUUGCUGGCAGAAACUUUCCCAGAUCAAGAACCACAUUCAGUGGACAACAAAACCACAGUGGUUCACAGUUCAUCUGCAUGUCAGCACUCUGACUUGGUUGCAGAAGGUGUGCUGGCUUCUGGAUCAAGUAACAAAAAUGGAGGAGGAUAAAAGAUGAAAGGAAAUGAUAAAAUUUUCUUAGUUUCAUAUGAAGGGCCUCAAAGGAAUUGUUAUGUAUAUAUAUUCCAGGAAUGCUGCAUCCUUCUUGGGUGGAUUGAGAAAUUUCUAUUACAACAUCAGAAGCAGAACCUGGAGAGGGGACACGAGAGAGCAUGGCUUCCCUCCCAGUCUUGAAAGUUCUAUUAUUCUGGUAUCUUUUUGAAAUUCUUUUGCAGCUGGGCUUUCUGUGAGGAUAAGCAGAUAGCCUGCUAGUUCCACUUGAGUUGCCAUUUUGAUUGCUUAUUUCGUCCUUUAAGAGGACUUCUUGUCCCGAUAGUUGAAGUGAAUUGCCAGAAUACCUUCAGACUUUUAUGUAAACACCUUUGUCCACCCUGAAUUUGGUUACUUCUGAUAAACUGAUGUUGAUGUAUCUUUGAAAUUAUUUUCUUAGCGCAUUCAGGCUUCUUUUUGUAUAUUUAGCGACUUCAACUCUCUGGGUACGUGCUAGGCUGCGAGCACGAUGAUCUACUUCACAUGUCCUGUUCUAUUUGGCUGAUUUGAAAUACAUUGUGCUCUCGUCAUGCCCA